CCCCAUUGAUGAGAAGUGGCUGCUGAGCAGGGCUUCUUUCUUAGCACUUUCAGCCAUGGGGCUGAGCUGUAGGUAUUUUGUGGGCUUAGUGCUGCUCUGGUCCCUAAGGAUAGCCCUUGGGCAGGGGGACUUCCACAGGGUCAGCUUCUCUGUCUUGCAACAUGAGUAUGAUUGUGGAGACUAUGGGAUGCAGCUGCUGGUCUUUCCCAGCCAGGGCCGCACCGUCCGCUUCAAAGUUGUGGAUGAGUUUGGGACACCCUUUGAAGUUACCAACUGCUCCAUUUGUCUCCAUUGGGUCACAUCUGGUGAGCAAGGAGUGAUGAUCUUCUCGGCUGGCUACAAUGGCUGCCAUGUCCAUAAGAAGGAUGGGCGUAACCAGCUGCAGGUCCGAGUGGAGGAACUGCUGAGCACCAGGGCCAUUGCUGCCACCUAUGAUGUGAACAUGACCUGCCCCAAGCCCACUGAACGUGACUUCUCCCCAGAGGAGACCAUGCGCUACAUGCCGCAGCCGGGCCUGGUGCGCCCGGUGCCCCAGCCGCAGCCGGGCCUGGUGCGCCCGGUGCCCCAGCCGCAGCCGGGCCUGGUGCGCCCGGUGCCCCAGCCGCAGCCGGGCCUGGUGCGCCCGGUGCCCCAGCCGCAGCCGGGCCUGGUGCGCCCGGUGCCCCAGCCGCAGCCGGGCCUGGUGCGCCCGGUGCCCCAGCCGCAGCCGGGCCUGGUGCGCCCGGUGCCCCACAUCUCUCCUCCACCAAGCAACAUAGGUGCCCAUCUCACAGAGGAGCAGUGCCGUGUGGUGGCUGGGAAGAUUCCCUGUGCAGAUGCCCCAGGCCAAGCUGCUUGCUUCCAGGCUGGCUGCUGUUAUGAUGAGACUGACCUCACUACCCCCUGCUACUAUGGCAACACAGUCACUGUUCAGUGCCUCCUGGACGGUCACUUUGUUCUGGUGGUCUCCAGGGACGUGUCUGAUCACCCCAUCAUCCUGGAGAGUGUCCGGCUAGCCUAUGCCCAGGCAGGGUGUGACCCCAUCAGGAUGACUGAGGCUUUUGUGAUCUUCCGCUUCCCCCUCAUGCAGUGCGGCACCACAGUCCAGGUGAUCCAUGACAAACUGAUCUAUGAGAACCAGCUGAUCUCUGGCAUCGACAUCCGGACUGGGCCAGACGGCUCCAUCACCCGGGACAGCACCUUCAUCCUCCAUGCUCGCUGCAUCUACAAUGCCAGUGACUUUCUGCCAGUCCAGGUCGAGGUCUUCUUGCCCCCCACACCUGCUCCAGUCACCCAGGCAGGACCCCUCCGGCUUGAGCUGCGCAUCGCCACAGACCUGAGCUACAGAUCCUAUCUCGCGGAGAGAGACUACCCUGUGGUGAAGGUGCUCAGGGACCCUGUCUACAUGGAGGUUCGCAUCCUGCAGAGAACAGACCCAUCCCUGGUUCUCGUUCUGCACCAGUGCUGGGCCACCCCAAGCGCUAACCCCCUGCAGCAGCCGCAGUGGCCCAUCCUGGUGGACGGGUGCCCGUUCCUGGGAGACAACUACAGAACCCAGCUUGUGCCCGUGGGCCCUGCCUCAUCAGAGCUGCCCUUCCCGACUCACCACCAGCGCUUCGUCCUCUCCACCUUUGCCUUUGUGGACUCCGCUUCCCCAGUGGUGCUUGUCGGAGAGGUGUACAUUUACUGUAGCGCCUCUGCUUGCUACCCCUCCCGGCUGGAGCCCUGCAGGACCAUGUGCCCAUCAGGAGCUGCCACAAGAGGCCGCCGGUUUCUGGAUAUUGACAAUGGGACAGGAGAGCCCCAGGACCUGGUGAGUUCUCAUGGCCCUGUGAUCUUCCAGGAGAGCCCAGAGCCGUGGAGAGAACACGUCUAUGAGAACAAGGACCCUGUCUCGAGACUGGACCUGACCCUGAUGCUUCUGGCCAUGCUCUCACUGGUGGCUGUGGUUUCUCUCGUUACUGUGACACUACUCUGUAGGAGAAGCAACUGGAUGGCAAGGUCCCAAAUCUUCCAAGUGCUGCUCUGGUCCCUAAGGAUAGCCCUUGGGCAGGGGGACUUCCACAGGGUCAGCUUCUCUGUCUUGCAACAUGAGUAUGAUUGUGGAGACUAUGGGAUGCAGCUGCUGGUCUUUCCCAGCCAGGGCCGCACCGUCCGCUUCAAAGUUGUGGAUGAGUUUGGGACACCCUUUGAAGUUACCAACUGCUCCAUUGUCUCCAUUGGGUCACAUCUGGCCGGGCCUGGUGCGCCCGGUGCCCCAGCCGCAGCCGGGCUGGUGCGCCCGGUGCCCCAGCCGCAGCCGGGCCUGGUGCGCCCGGUGCCCCACAUCUCUCCUCCACCAAGCAACAUAGGUGCCCAUCUCACAGAGGAGCAGUGCCGUGUGGUGGCUGGGAAGAUUCCCUGUGCAGAUGCCCCAGGCCAAGCUGCUUGCUUCCAGGCUGGCUGCUGUUAUGAUGAGACGGACCUCACUACCCCCUGCUACUAUGGCAACACAGUCACUGUUCAGUGCCUCCUGGACGGUCACUUUGUUCUGGUGGUCUCCAGGGACGUGUCUGAUCACCCCAUCAUCCUGGAGAGUGUCCGGCUAGCCUAUGCCCAGGCAGGGUGUGACCCCAUCAGGAUGACUGAGGCUUUUGUGAUCUUCCGCUUCCCCCUCAUGCAGUGCGGCACCACAGUCCAGGUGAUCCAUGACAAACUGAUCUAUGAGAACCAGCUGAUCUCUGGCAUCGACAUCCGGACUGGGCCAGACGGCUCCAUCACCCGGGACAGCACCUUCAUCCUCCAUGCUCGCUGCAUCUACAAUGCCAGUGACUUUCUGCCAGUCCAGGUCGAGGUCUUCUUGCCCCCCACACCUGCUCCAGUCACCCAGGCAGGACCCCUCCGGCUUGAGCUGCGCAUCGCCACAGACCUGAGCUACAGAUCCUAUCUCGCGGAGAGAGACUACCCUGUGGUGAAGGUGCUCAGGGACCCUGUCUACAUGGAGGUUCGCAUCCUGCAGAGAACAGACCCAUCCCUGGUUCUCGUUCUGCACCAGUGCUGGGCCACCCCAAGCGCUAACCCCCUGCAGCAGCCGCAGUGGCCCAUCCUGGUGGACGGGUGCCCGUUCCUGGGAGACAACUACAGAACCCAGCUUGUGCCCGUGGGCCCUGCCUCAUCAGAGCUGCCCUUCCCGACUCACCACCAGCGCUUCGUCCUCUCCACCUUUGCCUUUGUGGACUCCGCUUCCCCAGUGGUGCUUGUCGGAGAGGUGUACAUUUACUGUAGCGCCUCUGCUUGCUACCCCUCCCGGCUGGAGCCCUGCAGGACCAUGUGCCCAUCAGGAGCUGCCACAAGAGGCCGCCGGUUUCUGGAUAUUGACAAUGGGACAGGAGAGCCCCAGGACCUGGUGAGUUCUCAUGGCCCUGUGAUCUUCCAGGAGAGCCCAGAGCUGUGGAGAGAACACGUCUAUGAGAACAAGGACCCUGUCUCGAGACUGGACCUGACCCUGAUGCUUCUGGCCAUGCUCUCACUGGUGGCUGUGGUUUCUCUCGUUACUGUGACACUACUCUGUAGGAGAAGCAACUGGAUGGCAAGGUCCCAAAUCUUCCAAGGCAAAUGACUGUGAAAUGGGGGGGGGGGGGCAGAAAUAAAGUCUCUGGACUGC